GGUUGUCGCCGCUGACGCAUGCGUGCUGCGGUGCGCGGCCUUGUUGGGCGCCGGGCUACAGCCGAGCCGAGAGCGACUGAUGGGGGGCAAGAAGAAGAGAAGGGCCGAGGCGGCGGCCGUGGCUGCGGCUGCCCGGUUCCAGCGGCCGCAGGCGGCCCCGCCGGCCAACAGCGACAAAAACCAGAGUCCCCGGCCGCCCGUCGCCAAACCGACCGCCAAGGAGAAUAAAGUUAAAACAGGUCCAAAAAUGUAUAGCUUUGGUGCAACAUGUGGAAAUGACCCUGGCAUUGCGGGAACUUCGGACAAAUCCAUUCUUAAGGUGGUCAUUAAAUCGGAAUUGGAAAAAAAAGUUAUAGGAUUGAUCAACCAAUUCAAAGUGCACCAUUGCAAAGCGGGAACAAUAUCUGGAAGGCUUACAGCUAAGAAGCUGCAGGAUAUAUAUUCAGCUUUGGAAGAAUUUUCAUUUCGGACAGAAGACAUUGAAGAAGCCAUGAAAAAUACUGUUGUUUAUGGUGGGGACCUUCAUUCAGCUUUGGAUUGGUUAUGUUUAAAUCUUCCUGAUGAUUUGUUACCUGAUGGAUUCAGUCAGAAACUUCAAGAGGAAGAGACCAAGAGCAAACCAAAAUUUCAAAUGCCUGUAAAAUGUGCAACAAACCAUGAAGUAUGUGACAGUAAAAAUAAUGAUGAGAAACCUGAAGCCAAGGUAGCUGACAGUGAAAGCUCGCAGGUUAGCAUGAAGGAUUGGAUUUUACAAUAUGCAGAAGAAGCAAGUAGUGGGAGUGAUGCUGAUGAAAUCGAUCAGGAUAACAAAGAACCCGAAAAAAAUUCUGAGAUGGAAGAACGCUUCGAUCCAGCUCCUGCAACCAAAAGACCAAUGACUUCACGAGAGAAAAUGAGGAGACUUCGAGCAAAAAAGAGACAACAAGAUCCUGACUUUUCUUCUAAGGAGAGUCAACGAGUGGAAGCACUACGCACGAAACGCUUACAAAAAAUGACAAAGGAGCAGAUGACUGCAUAUCGCCAAGCUGCUGCUGCAAGAAAGCAAAAGUCACGUUUAAACAAACUCAAAACUGAAUUAUCAGAAGCACAGGGCCCAUUCUUUGGAAAAAUUAGAAGAGAUGUAUUCCACAAUUGUUCAUCCUUUUGGUCACACACAACUAAGAAUGGGCCACAGAAAGCCUACAAGAGUCCACAGAAUCGAGGAAGAGCAACUAAUAAAACUGAAAGGCUUCUACCCAGGUCACCCAGGAAAAAGGAGAAUUCUCUUUACUUGGAACUGACCACAAAACUACUUGACACCAAAGAGAGGGCACAGUCAUUUAAGCUUAAUAAUAAUAAACAUGCUCAAAAAGAAGCAGGCGAUAGAAUUAAGAUUCUCCAGCAAGAGAUUAAACAGUUGGAGAAGCAUCCUGCUUUUGAUAAAUCAGUAAAAAUGGCAGAGUUAACGAAGAAUGACAAAAGCUCUACCCAUCCUGCUGAUGAAUCAUGUGAUGGUGCCCUUAAUUUAAAUUUGCUGGAAAAAUCUGCACCAAAAGUAAAAGAAGAAAAAAAAGAUGAACCAAGGGAUGUGCGAAACUUUGACUAUACUGCAAGAAGUUGGACUGGCAAAUCUCCCAAGCAAUUUCUGAUUGACUGGUGCCGGAAAAACAUCCCCACUGGUCCAGCUCCUAGCUAUCGCAAAAUUCCUGUGGGUAGAUUCUGGAAGUGUAGUGUAAGAGUAAACCGACAGAAAGAUGGAAUACUAGAAGUCUGUCCCACAAUUCUCACCGAAGAUGGCAUGCAAGCGCAACAUCUAGCUUCUACAUUGGCUCUAUGGCAUUUAGUAAGAGGACAGGCUGUUCAUCAGUUGCUUCCACCUUCUUAUCGGGCGGUGUGGAAUGAAUGGAGAGAUGCUGAAAAGACGAAAACUGAGAAAAAACAGAUAGAAAAGAAUAAGCCACGUGAACAGUUUAUCAGCAGACUGCUAAAUACACUAAAACAACAACCAUCUACUUGUGUCUCUGUGACAGCAGAAGACCCAGAAGAUUCCUGGGAGAAUUUGGUAACUGACGAUGACUUCCAGAGCUUAACUUUUGAUAAAGGGAAGUCAGAUAAUUUAGAUUCGGCGAGGAUUAUUUUGAAAAAAUUGCAGACUUCUCUCAAGUUUCAAAAACAUUUAAACAGUAGACAGCUGUUACCUGUAUUUCAACACAAAAUGCAAAUUCUUGAAACCCUGCGAAAACAUAGAGUGGUGGUUGUGGCAGGUGAAACUGGCAGUGGGAAAAGCACUCAAAUACCUCAGUUCCUGUUGGAAGAUUUACUGUCAAGUGCAAGUACUAGAUGCAAUAUUAUUUGUACUCAGCCUCGAAGGAUUUCAGCAGUGAGUUUGGCAACAAGAGUUUGCGAGGAACUUGGUUGUGAAGAAGGACCUGGAGGAAAAAAUUCCCUUUGUGGUUAUCAAAUUAGACUGGAAACAAAAGUUGGUGAAUCGUCCAGACUUUUAUACUGCACCACAGGUGUUCUGCUGCGGAAACUACAACAAGAUGGAUUUCUUACCAGUGUGUCUCAUGUAAUUGUGGAUGAGGUUCAUGAGAGAAGUGUUCAAUCGGAUUUUCUGUUGAUCAUCUUGAAGGAGAUAAUGCAAAAACGCUCAAAUCUGAACCUGGUUUUGAUGAGUGCAACUGUCGACAGUGAUAAAUUUGCUAAGUACUUUGGACAUUGUCCUGUGAUCAAUAUACCUGGAAGGAUUCAGGAAUAUUUUGUUAAAGGCCUUGUACCCAGACAAGAUAUGGCAUAUGACCUUGAACAGUAUAGUGGUUCCACACGUCAAGCUGUUCAGUGCAUGAAUCCUACUAAAAUAAAUAUGGACCUCAUUCUGGAUCUGAUUACCUAUCUGGAAAGAAGUAGCCAGUUCAGAGCAAUUGAUGGCGCUGUGUUAGUAUUCUUACCAGGUCUGGCUCAUAUUCAACAUUUGCAUGAUCUUUUAACAUCAGACAAAAUGUUUCAAGAUAGGAAAAGGUACAAAGUGAUUGCUUUGCACUCUAUCCUUUCAUCACAAGAUCAGGCUUCAGCCUUCAUAGUCCCACCACCAGGUGUUAGAAAGAUUGUGUUGGCAACAAAUAUUGCAGAAACUGGAAUCACAAUACCUGAUGUCGUCUUUGUCAUUGAUGCUGGAAAGACUAAAGAAAAUAGGUAUCGUGAAAGUAGCCAAAUGAGCUCAUUGGUGGAGACUUUUAUAAGCAAAGCCAAUGCACUUCAGAGGCAGGGUCGAGCAGGUCGCGUCCGAGAGGGAUUCUGUUUUCGUUUGUACACGAAAGCCAGAUAUGAUAGUUUCAUAGAUUACUCUGUCCCGGAAAUCUUACGAGUACCCUUGGAAGAGCUUUGCCUUCACAUCAUGAAAUGCGAUCAUGGGUCUCCAGAAGAUUUUCUUGCCAGGGCUUUAGAUCCACCACAAAUCCAAGUUAUUAAUAAUGCUAUGAACCUGCUGAGGAAAAUUGGAGCCUGUGAUAUCAACAAACCUAUAUUGACUCCAUUAGGGCAACAUCUCGCUGCCCUUCCAGUAAAUGUGAAAAUUGGGAAAAUGUUGAUUUUUGGAGCUAUUUUCGGUUGUUUAGAACCUGUGGCAACCAUUGCUGCUGCCAUGACAGAGAAAUCUCCCUUUGUUACUCCAGUGAAUGGAAAAGAUGAAGCAGACUUUGCAAAGGCAGCCAUGGCACUGUUUAAUUCGGAUCAUCUAACUAUUUACAACGCAUAUUUAGGAUGGAAGAAUGUGCGAAACGAUGGGUGGCGGGCUGAAAUGGCUUAUUGCAAGAAACACUUCUUAAGUAGAACUGCGCUUCUAACAAUGGAGGAUGUUAAACAAGAGCUCAUCAAGCUGAUGGAGGCAGUGGGUUUUGUGUCACGAAGAACCAGAGGAACUAAGCAUCAAAGCUGCAAUAAAGAGUCCUUACCACAGUACUCUAAACCAAGCUUAUCUUAUCAGGAAGUACCCCUUCUUAAAGCUGUAUUAACAGCAGGACUCUAUGACAAUAUUGGGAAGAUUAUUUAUACUCCAUCAGUGGACAUCGCUGACAAGGUGAUUUGUUCCAUAGAAACUGCACAAGGUAAAGCACAACCGCACCUUUCAUCUGUCAACAGGGAUCUUCAAACCAAUGGCUGGAUUCUGUUCCAGGAGAAGGUAAAAUACACCAAGGUAUAUGUGCGAGAGACGACUCUGAUUUCACCUUUUCCAAUCUUACUGUUUGGUGGUGAGAUAGAGGUGAUGCACCGUGAAAGGUUGCUUUCAGUUGAUGGUUGGAUAUAUUUCCAGGCUCCCGUCAGGACAGGAAUCAUUUUUAAAGAGCUGCGAGCCUUAAUUGAAUCAGUUCUACUGAAGAAACUUGAAGAUCCUAAAAUGUCAAUUGAAAAUGAUGAGAUGAUACAAUUAAUCGUAACACUGAUCAAGACUGAGUAUGGUGAUUGAAGUAAAAUAUGGUUUCCUGAUGCCUUGAUAUACUUCAUGUACAAACUGGGGGAAAAACACCUUGCCUUCCUUGAAGACGGUUUAAAUGAUAAAAGUGAACAAUGCAGUUUAUUGGUAUUUUAUGAUAUAACUAAUUGUCAAUAAACUUUCUAAUGGU